AUGCCCACCAUCUCGCGAGCGAUUUGCAAAUUCAGGUCUUGCGUUUGCGAGGCGCGCUGGUGCGCUCCCAGGAGGCUGUACACGCUCUUCGACACCUUGUUGUCCUGCCCUCUUUUCGUGGUGGGCAGCAUGGCGAACUGGUUCGCCGCAUUGCUUCAUGCCUGUAUUUGCCUUACGUUCCUUGCUCCAUUUGUGCAGCUGCGUUUUUCUAGCGCACCAACCAAGGCCGAAUUUCUCUUCCCCUCUAUGGGCGCACCGACCUCGCCACUUGUGCGGGUUCUUUCCCUCCAUCCGUGUCCGCGGUGCGUGCAGUUGUCUCUUCGCGAGCCGCUGUUGGGCCCGGUGCCCCUCGAGGGCCUCCUGCGGCUGCAGCAUGAGGUCCUGGCACAGCGCGACUUCGUUCAUGCGUUGACUUUGGCAUUGAUCCGGCUAACUGCACGUGUCUGUGCUUCCGAAAACUUGGAGGGCUUUCUCUUCUGGGAACUGGGGUGCAUCUAG